AUGGUGGAUGCGAACACAACGUCGUCAACGUCAGCCACUGGAACUGUUCUGUUGGAUUUUUACAUAGGACUGGGACUGGCCGUAACAUCCUCAUUGUUCAUUGGUAGUUCGUUUAUAAUCAAAAAGAAGGCGUUGAUUAAGUUGGCGCAAAGUGCUGAUUACACACAGCGUGCAUCUGAAGGUGGUUACGGGUAUUUGAAGGAAUGGUUGUGGUGGCUUGGAGUGAUAACAAGUUAG